GGCCCACGGCGGGGCCAGAGCCCCUGAGCCUGCCCGGGAUCCUGCACUUUAUCCAGCACGAGUGGGCGCGCUUCGAAGCCGAGAAAGCCCGCUGGGAGGCCGAGCGCGCCGAGUUGCAGGCUCAGGUGGCCUUCCUCCAGGGAGAAAGGAAAGGGCAAGAGAAUCUAAAAACAGACCUGGUACGGCGGAUCAAGAUGCUGGAAUAUGCGCUGAAGCAGGAAAGGGCCAAAUAUCAUAAGCUGAAGUUCGGGACAGACCUGAAUCAGGGGGAGAAGAGACCAGAUCUGUCAGAACAAGUCUCCAACGGCCCUGUGGAAUCAGUCACCCUGGAGAACAGCCCGCUGGUGUGGAAGGAGGGGCGGCAGCUUCUCCGACAGUACCUGGAAGAGGUGGGCUACACGGACACCAUCCUGGACAUGCGGUCGAAGCGUGUGCGCUCCCUGCUGGGCCGCUCGCUGGAGCUCAACGGGGCCGUGGAGCCCAGUGAAGCGGGCCCAAGGGCCACGCCGGGCCCUGGGGUGCUCAGUGGGGGCGAGUCGCUGCUGGUGCGGCAGAUCGAGGAGCAGAUCAAGAGGAAUGCAGCAGGCAAAGACGGCAAAGAGCGCCUCGGUGGCUCGGUGCUAGAGCAGAUCCCCUUCCUGCAGAACUGUGAGGACGAGGACAGCGACGAGGACGAUGAGCUGGACAGCGUGCAGCACAAGAAGCAGCGUGUGAAGCUCCCCUCCAAGGCCCUGGUGCCUGAGAUGGAGGAUGAGGAUGAAGAGGAUGACUCAGAGGACGCCAUCAACGAAUUUGAUUUCCUGGGCUCUGGGGAGGAUGGGGAAGGGUCUCCAGACCCGCGGCGUUGUACUGGAGAUGGGAACCACCACGAGCUGGAAAGCCGUCGGGUCAAACUCCAGGGAAUUUUGGCAGACCUUCGCGAUGUGGAUGGGCUGCCUCCCAAAGUGACCGGCCCACCCCCUGGCACUCCUCAGCCCCGACCCCACGAAGGUUCCUUUGGCUUCUCCUCAGACGUUUUCAUCAUGGACACUAUCGGGGGCGGGGAGGUGAGCCUGGGGGACUUGGCAGAUCUCACCGUCACCAAUGACAACGACCUCAGCUGUGAUCUGUCUGACAGCAAAGAUGCCUUCAAGAAGACAUGGAACCCCAAAUUCACCCUGCGCUCUCACUAUGACGGCAUCCGCUCCCUGGCUUUCCACCACAGCCAGUCGGCUUUGCUCACCGCUUCUGAGGACGGCACGCUCAAGCUCUGGAAUCUGCAGAAGGCAGUCACAGCCAAAAAGAACGCAGCGCUCGACAUGGAACCUAUCCAUGCCUUCCGGGCUCAUAGGGGCCCUGUGCUGGCAGUAGCCAUGGGCAACAACAGCGAAUACUGUUACAGUGGUGGGGCAGAUGCCCGCAUCCACAGCUGGAAGAUUCCAGACCUCAACAUGGACCCCUAUGACGGUUACGACCCCAGUGUGCUGAGCCAUGUCCUGGAGGGCCACGGGGACGCUGUGUGGGGCUUGGCCUUCAGUCCCACGUCCCAGCGCCUAGCCUCCUGCUCCGCCGAUGGCACUGUCCGCAUCUGGGACCCCAGGAGCAGCAGCCCAACCUGCCUCUGUACCUUCCCCACAGCCAGCGAACACGGGAUCCCCACCUCAGUGGCCUUCAUCAGCACCGAGCCUGCCCACAUAGUGGCCUCCUUCCGCUCCGGCGACACCGUCCUCUAUGACCUGGAGGCUAGCAGUGCCCUCCUCACACUGGAGUCCCGGGGGAGCACUGGCCCCACCCAGAUCAACCAGGUGGUGAGUCAUCCAAACCAGCCCCUCACCAUCACCGCCCACGAUGACAGAGGCAUUCGCUUCCUGGACAAUCGGACAGGGAAAUCCGUGCACUCCAUGGUCGCCCACCUGGACGCUGUCACCUGCCUAGCCGUGGACCCCAAUGGUGUAUUCCUGAUGUCGGGAAGCCACGACUGCUCCCUGCGCCUGUGGAGCCUGGACAACAAGACGUGCGUGCAGGAGAUCACGGCCCACCGCAAGAAGCACGAGGAGGCCAUCCACGCCGUGGCCUGCCACCCCAGCAAGGCCCUCAUUGCCAGUGCCGGUGCCGACGCCCUGGCCAAGGUCUUCGUAUGAUGCCUGCCGAGCCCUGGCCACCGCGCUGGCUGGGGAGCGGGGCCGGGCCAGCGGGGUUGAUGUGAGGGGCUGCUAGGCCUUUGCUCUGUACGGGGAGCCUGAGCCCCUGGCUCAGGUGGCAGAAUGCCCUCCUCCCCGUGUGGCGCCCUCGCUCACCCCGCCUAGCUCAGCAUUUCCUGCCCGGUCGUGAGGAUCGCUGGGGUAGGCUGGGGUCUUGGAGGACGGGGUGUGAGGCCUCGAAGGGCCCUGGAAGCCCGUGGUCCAGGCUCCCCUCCCUUGUCUCCUGCAGGUGACUCCCAGCCUCCCACUGGAGGCUCAGAGGCCUGGCCUCUCCCUGCCUGCCUUGGAGCCUGGUGGUGCUAAGGGCCCUCCCCAGGGAGCCCCCCAUGGCCUCACCUGCCUGCCUGGGCCUCCUUCAGGACCCACCCCGCCGAGGGUUGCCUCUGGGGGGAUUUUUUCUCGGGCCCUGACCCCUACUCCGGUGUCUGAGCUGCCUUCGCGAGGGCAGCACAGCCAGGGCCCGGUGACCUCGGGGAUCCGUUUUUCCAAGACACCAGAAGGUGCCAGGUGCCCCCUUGAGCCCCUACCUUCCCCUCCAUCCUCCCAGACCUGGGUGGGAGCUGUGCUGGGAGGAGGCCUAGGCUCCCAUCCUCCUCCAGGCCAGCUGCAAGCCCGGAGCCAGGAACCACAGGCUUUCCCAUAGUGGGAGCCAGGGCCUGGCCCCCCAUGGACCCACGCCGCUCCCCCUCUCCUCAGUUCACUCAGCACUGCUCUGCAGACACUAACCAGCGCCAUCAGGGCCAGUAACUGCCUGGGCGGGGGAUGCCUUUGGGGCAGGUGCCACCCUACUUCCCCAACACUCCUCCAAGGGCAGCCCCCCAGCCCCCACCCAUGGGGUCACCCAUGGGAAGAGACAGCCUUCUCUUGCCCCUGCCAGGGGCAUGGAGGGCAGAGUGGGGGCCAAAGACCUGUGACUCCCUGUAUCUCUGUAUAAAUAGUGGGAUUUCAAUGGGGCCCCCAUGGCUGUUAUCACUGUGUGAUAGUCUUUGUCAGUCUCCUCUCCUGCCCCCCACUCUCCUCCUCUAUUUAUUUCACUCUUUUCAUUUGGGUCCCACCCAUCCCCUUUGGCCCCCCUUCCAGGUUCCUGUUUAUAAGCCCAUCCCCUCUCGCCCUGGACUUGUAUGUGAAAACUUGUCUCAAUAAACCCUUUGGAGUAAGAUGGGUGAUGGUGCUGACUGCUGUGGGCAUUGGGGACUUUGGGGGUAGAGGGGCCUGGGGAGGGAUCAGCCAGCUCAGCCUGGGUUGGGUGGGGUUUGGAGAGAGGGGAUAUAAUGGGUUGGGGUUUUGUGACAGGGCAAGGGGGGCCAGGGAGGGCCCAGAACUUGGGUAGGGUGUGGAUGGAGGGGCGGAAGUAGGGGCAGAGGACCGAAUCUCCUGUCCCUUUCUGUCCCUAAGCGUCCCAUCCCUAGGGGCAGCAGCAGCCUGGGGGCAGAGCCCUGACAGGCAGUUGAUCUAACAGUUCAGCUCAUGACUCUUCACCCCACCUGGGGACGUGAUGGGUGGUG